UCACAUUUGUUUGUUGUUGAUAUUACGAAAGCCGUAAAGUGUACUUUUCUGGUUGGAACUCCAAAAAAAAACCACGCUCUUCACUGCUGAGUUUGUUCUACCACGCAAAACGAAGGGUCUAACGCCUGUUGAAAGAAUGGUGUUCCCUCAAAUAUUUGCUUUUGCUGCGACGGUGGGCUUAGCAGCGGUAGCAGCAAUUGGUUUGGUCUACUAUCUCAACAAUCAAUCUCAACCGAGUCAAUCAUACAGCACUCCCAGAGCUCCUCCGCUCAAACGUUCACACGCCAGCAAAUACGAUCCCUCGGACGAAGAUACCGUCUGCACGAUCUGCCUGGAGCAAACCAAAGGAAUGACGAACCGAUGGAUCCUUCCCUGCAAACACUCGUUCCAUUUGGAUUGUCUGCGGAAAUGGACUGUUAACAAGCAGGAGUGUCCAAACUGUCGAAAACAAUUCUAACCUGCCUUUGGGAAGAAAAUGUAACUUUGUGAGAGGAUGUUCGACGUCUUUUUACCCCAAUCUAAAUGAUAGAAGAAGAAAAACAGUUAGCGUGUAUGAUAAUUUCGCUAAUAGUACAAUGAUAUUAGAGAAAUUUUAGCACACGAAUAUCAGAGCCGAUGCCUUAUGGAGGACACCUACGGGGCGCCAUCCGUUUCUUCCCAUUUUUUUUUCGUAUCCGCUGAUUCAGCAGCUACAUAAUUCCUUGACCGUAUGUAGGGAACAUUGACAAUACGCCUUGUUGUUCUUGUUUUGUGACGAUCCGGUUAAUAUUUCGUACACGCAACACAACGAAAGGAGGGAAGCAACCAUGCACAUAUCGGGGGUUUAGCUUGCGUACUACAUUCGCACACUUUCGAAUAUUAUAAAGCAAUAUGGAAUAAUUGCAAAUUGUACAAGAUUUUAAACCGUGAUAGCAUAGGGACGUAAACAACUCGCUGCGAUUAGUGAGAUUAUUCACUAUCAAAAACAAAUUGUUUUACAUACUCUUGUCAACUUUUUUGUCUUAAAAAUAAGUCAUGCUUUGUAGUUAAUAAAUAAAACUGAAAACAUAUCAUUCUUAGGCUC